ACGACCCCCUUCUCUGGCCCUCUUGCAUAUCGGAACAAGAGCAAAGCAAAAGCGAAAGAACAAAAAGCACAGGGUUUCUCUUCCUGUUCCUGGAUUCGAUCCAUAUCUUCUUCUAUUUGUCCACGGAGGAGGGAAAAGGGGUGGUUUCGAUCCGAAGAGGAAUGCCGGGUUCGGUUGGAGGCGAUUAGGGCUUUUGAUCGGAGAAUGUGGCGUCUCGGACGUGACGGCGACGCCACCGGGAUCGGCGGCGGAGGCGGGGAAGCGGUGGCUGAGGACGCAGGCAAGCCGGUGGUGGUGGCGGUCCCCCCGGCGAUGCAGGCGGAGGCGUACCACCAGGCUAGAAGUAGAUCUCAGGGCGGCGGCGGCGGCCGGAGAGUCGCCCCCGCUGCAUGUUCUCCGGAAGAGAACGCGACGGCGGUGGAGAAGGCGCUUCCGAACGGGGACAUGUACACUGGGGGUUUCGUCGGGAACGCGCCCCACGGCCGCGGAAAGUACUUGUGGGCCGACGGUUGCAUGUACGAGGGGGAGUGGCGGCGGGGGAAGGCGUCCGGGAAGGGUAAGUUCUCGUGGCCCUCCGGCGCCACGUUCGAGGGCGAGUUCCGCUCCGGCCGUAUGGAGGGCUUCGGGACCUUCACUGGAUCGGAGGGCGACACCUACCGAGGCUUCUGGAUCGCCGACCGCAAGCACGGGUACGGAUGCAAGUGGUACGCCAACAGCGACUACUACGAGGGCGGGUGGCGGCGCAACCUCCAGGAGGGCCGAGGCCGGUAUGUGUGGCGGAGCGGGAACCAGUACGUCGGCGAGUGGCGGAACGGCGUCAUCUCCGGCCGCGGGGCGCUGAUCUGGGCGAAUGGCAACCGCUACGAUGGCCAUUGGGAGAACGGCGUGCCAAAGGGGAGCGGCGUGUUCACGUGGCCCGACAGCAGUUGCUACGUCGGUAGCUGGAGUAAAGGCGAUCCAAAGAGCUUCAACGGAACCUUUUACCCUGCCGUCACCACAGGACGCAAGGAGAUCGGUGGAAAGAGGAGCUCAUUCUCGCUUUUGGAUGAAGCAUUCAUGCUUCCGCCGCUGGCACCAGCGUCGAGGAAGACAUCGUCGGUGGACGGUGUACUGGGGAGGAGGAGCUCCACCGCAGAAAAGAACUUCCCCAGGAUCUGUAUCUGGGAAUCUGAGGAUGAGGCCGGGGACAUCACAUGCGAUAUCAUCGAUACAAUCGAGGCAGCGAUGCUUUACAAGGAUGGCUUGUCCUUCGAUCAGGGUGAGCGAACACUAAUCAGUGCCGUGCAGCAGCGACGCAACCAAUAUUGUUUGUCAACAUGGGAGGCGAAGAAGCCAGGGCAGACUAUAUUGAAGGGUCAUAAGAACUAUGAUCUGAUGUUGAACCUUCAAUUGGGCAUCAGUUACUCUGUUGGGAAGCCAGGUUCACUCAGAGAGCUCGGAGCCAGGGAUUUUGAUCCCAGGGAGAAGUAUUGGACUAGGUUUCCUCCCGAGGGAUCAAAGAUUACACCACCUCACCAGUCCAUGGAGUUCCGGUGGAAGGAUUAUUGCCCUAUGGUUUUCAGACACUUGAGGAAGUUGUUUAACGUUGAUCCGGCAGAUUAUAUGGUAGCUAUAUGUGGAAAUGAUGCUUUGAGGGAACUAUCUUCCCCUGGGAAGAGCGGAAGUGUCUUCUACCUAACCCAAGAUGACCGCUUCAUGAUUAAGACUGUAAAGAAAUCUGAAGUGAAGGUACUUAUUAGGAUGUUACCCAGUUACUACCAACAUGUCUAUCGGUAUGAAAAUUCACUGGUCACGAAGUUCUAUGGUGUUCAUUGUGUGAAGCCCAUUGGUGGGCCAAAGGUACGUUUCAUUAUAAUGGGCAAUUUAUUUUGCUCAGAUUAUCAUAUUCAUAGAAGAUUUGACCUGAAAGGUUCAUCCUAUGGUCGAUCAACUGACAAGGCUGAGGAAGAGAUUGAUGAGAUGACAACCCUGAAGGAUCUUGACCUAAACUACAUAUUUCGCCUGCAUAGGUCUUGGUACCUGGAGCUUCUUGAACAAAUCAAGCGGGAUUGUGAAUUCUUGGAAGCAGAGGGGAUUAUGGAUUAUAGUCUCCUGUUGGGGUGUCACUUCUGUGAUGAUGUUUCAGCAUCGUGGGCAGGUUCAUCACCAUGUUCUGCUUCUACAAAACCUUAUCGCAAGAGCUAUUCAUUUCAAGAUCGAGCUGCUUGGUCCAAAUUGCAGUUAUCGAAGUCAACCCAUCAAGAUAUGGAUCUAUCAAUGGGUGGCCGGAAACCUUUUAUUGGGCUAGGCUUAAACAUGCCGGCAAGAGCAGAGCACACAACAAGAAGCGAAUUGAUGCCGACACUCAAUGGCAAGAUCCAUGAUGUGAUUCUCUACUUUGGGAUAAUUGAUGUCCUCCAGGACUACGAUAUUACUAAGAAGCUGGAACAUGCUUACAAAUCCUUACAGGUGGAUCCCAAUUCCAUCUCAGCAGUGGAUCCAAAGCUCUACUCCAGGCGGUUCCAAGAAUUCAUCAGGAGAAUCUUUAUGGAAGAUGACUGACCAAACAGGGAAAGGGGGAGAACCUGGACAGACUUCAGAAGCCAAAAUCACCAUGGACGAAACAUGACUUUCUGUUAUUGGCUCAACAUGUGCUGUUAAUAACUUUGCUCUAUGACACCUGAAUUUGGCAAAUGCCAACGGACUGAAAGGCGUGACUCAGGGAGAAGCAUUUGAAGGUUUGCUAUAUAGGAGGCAGAUGACCAAAAUUAUCAUUCAGCUUCGCGAAACCUAAAUUUGAGAUGCUUAUGUACCUUUCUGAUGAUUAGUGAGCUAAUCAGCCAUAGACACUCAUCAUUAGGAACCUGAAGUUGAGAGCUUCAACUGUCCAUCGGAUGAAGGCGGAUCUUGAUCAGAGAAAGAAUUGUUACAUGUGCAGAUUUCACUAGCUUAAGUUUGAGACCCUCAAUUGACCAGCGGAGGAUGCUACAAUUUGCUCCAGCAGGUGACAAGUUUGAAAGCUCUGCCAUUGUUACAAUAUGGUAUAUGGAUUCCAUUAGUUUUCUAUACUUCCUUUCGGGUUUCAGAUAGAUAGGGAACAUAAAUUUAUACUGUUUGAGGGGGAAACAAAAAGAAAAGAACAUAUCAACUCGCAGUUGUAGGCAUCAAAUAAGAAUUGUACAGGAAAUGGAAGAGGAAGGUGAUGAUAGUGAUGAUGAUAUGUGCAUGAACCAAAGCAGAGAGAAGCUCUCACUGCCCCAUCUCAACAGCUUCUGAGUCGAGAGGGGCAUUAUCGGACGUGGGAAAAAGGUGGGCUGGAGAAUGGAAUUGGCAUCAAAAGCGGAGAAAAGUGCGCCAGCCAAGAUGGUGGGUAUGGUAUCACAUCUCUCCUCUUUCCCUUCCUCUUCUCUCUUCCAUUCCCACCCACUCCCACUGUUGUUGCUCUCCCAUUCCCCCAACAUCUCCUUCAAAUUCCAUUUCUUUCCUUAUCCUUGGCGUCUUUUGCUUUCUCCGUGUUUGACCAGUCUAACCCUUGUAGCUUCCCGUGUUACUCUUUCCUCUACUGGUGAACCAAAAGAGGAGAGAAGGCUGCUUACCACUAACUAUUGAGCAUCUCAAAGAACAGAAUACUAUUAAGCAUUCAGCUUUUUUUCCCCCCUUUCUUCCAAUCAAGUAUUCAUCUUUGGAGUUUGGAGAGGGGGAAAGAUAAGUUUAAUCUCUCUUCUCUCUCAUUAUGCUAGUUGUAAUCGAGGUCAAAGGCUGUGUCAGGGCUUAUCACCUUUCCGUACCCUUUCCUAGUCGUUAUUUGAUUGAGUGUCUUGUUUCAACACGAAACCGAGCUCAGAAAGGGAAGUUGAUAUGUAUGUGUCCACAGAUCGCCUGUGAACUCGAAUCUGCAUGUCUCCUUCGGCUUACGCCAUUACAGUAAACCGCUACUUGCUUUCUUGCCGAUGA